CAACAAAAAGAAUAACAGAAAUGGCUAAGUAUUUUUCUGAAUUAACUCAAUAUCUUGCCUCUAUGGAGAGUUAUUCUUUAUGUGAAGGGCAUUAUAACCGGAUCGUUGCUAAAAAAUCUUUUAUUGAUCAAUUAAAGAAAAAAACUGAUCCAAUUCUUUUAUCAUUAGAAGAACCAGAGAAAAAAAAAUUGAAGUUUUCUAUUGACGACGUUGAGCCGCAAGUUCUUGAAAAGACUUUCGCCGAUUUUGGCAUUCAAGUAGAUUUGUUUGAAAAAGCUUGUGUUGAUUUUGAAUCCCAAGUAUCCUUUUCAGAUCCAAUGUGUGAAAUUCUUCAAAGAAGAAUUGAUGAGUUAGAAAAAAAUAAUAAGCAAUUAUUAA